CUCUUCAUGUGAAGCUGAACUUCAGAAUUUAGUGCAUCAAAUUGGCAUCAUAGUAAACAGCAAGAAAGUAGAAUGGGAAAGGAAGAUGAAAGCUUUCAAAGCACAGAUGGAUAUCCAGCAUCAAGAAUUAGCAAGUGCCCAAAGCAAACUGGAUCAAAAAGAUCAAGAGGUGGAACUACUUUGUCAGCAACUGGAAAACUUACAGAAAACUAACUGCGAAAUGGCUCAGAAUUACGAAACUCAGCUUUGUGUGCUUAAAUCUCAAUUUUUGAAGCUGACACAUAGUUAUGACAAGCUAUUAAAACAAAAAAAUCGUCAAAGUAGAGAAAUAAGUAAAGAAAGCCCAGAGACAUCAUUUCUACUGAACAAUUUAAGGAAGAAAAUGGAGGAAUUUCAAGACAAAUCAAGAGAAUGGGAUAAGAAAGGGACAGUCUUCCAAAAUCAUCUCAUUUAUUUAGAUGCUCAGCAAAAAUUAUUGUCUGAGAAAUGUAAUUUGUUUCAGAAGCAAACUCAGAGUUAUCAAUUCCAGAUGAGCAAUAAGAAACAAAACCAGGGAGAGAUUGUUAAAUAUGGCCAACCUGAAACAGAAAAGGAUGGGUUAACUGUUGAAAAGCUAAGGGCAGCAGUGAAUGAAAUGAAAAUAAGCAGGAAUAGACUAGAAGAGGAAAAUCUGAAACUCCGUGAGGAUCUAAAAAUGUUCCAAAGCCAGUGUCAGAACAUAGAGGCAAGCUUUUCAGAGAUGAGAAAUGAGCUGCAAUCACGGGAUGCUCUCUGGAGAAAGAUACAACUGGAAUACCAACAGUUGCGUGCAGAAUUACUGAAAAUCAUAGAGCUUAAGGAUAUGCAGGAAAUGCAUCGAUCAUCCUUUGUACAACUUACCGAGCAAUCAGAAAAUAAAAAUGCUGAUUUCCUACUACAAGCACAGAGUCAAAAAAGCCAACGAGAAGUGCUAAGCAAGAUAAGAAACCAUCUUUAUCGAGAGGAGCCAUCCCAUUGCUCUGAGCAGGAAGGAAUAAGGACAGAAAUCUCUGACCUGACAGAAGAGCUUCAUCAGAAGGAGAUCACUAUAGCAACUAUCAUGGAGAAAGCUAGUCUUCUGGAAAGACAACUAAAAAUGGAGUUACAGAUAAAAGACAAAUUGUUAGCAAAACAACAGUUGUUGAAUUUCAAGCACAAAGUUAUCAAAUCUGAAAACACACAUCUAAAGGAGAUCAUAGAAAAUCAGAAGUAUAAAAGUUGCAUGAGUAUCGAUUUAUCUAACAAAAAACAUGGAGAUUUCACAGCUUCUGUUCAGAAACUGGAACAUGAGAAUGCAAGAUUACAAAACAGCCUUGUUAAACUACAGAACCACACAGAAACAUUGAUGCUGGGUGGGGUGGAUAAACGUGGAGAAACGGAGCACAGCUACCAAACCCAUUCAAAGAUGCAAGAAAAGGAAGACAGACUUGACAGAGGUCAUGAAAUGGAACUAGAUGAUAAGCCUCCAUCACCAGCAACAGAGGAUCCUUUGUGUUUUGGUGGACUGUUUCCUGAAAAAGGCAGAACAGGCACUUUAUUAAGCCAUGCUUAUGAUGCAGAAGAAAUCAAAUUAUCAUCUUCUCCUGAGACAUCCUUCCUUGCAACAACAGAAAAGUUCCUUCAAGAGGAAGAGAAACAUACCAGAGAGUUUGAAGAACGUUUAAAUUCACACCUUGAAGAACUGCGAAGACUUUCUGAAAACACUCUUAAAAAAUACACUGGGCUACAGUAAAGUAAGCAUACUUAAGCCGGUCACACAACUAAGAAAAUAAAACCGCGUUUAAUCAA